GUGUCGUAGUCUUCUCUUCAUCUUCUUUGACAAAAAAAAAACACUCAUACACACUCACAGAUACGCUUUUUUUUUUUUUUUAAAUCUUUUUAUUAUUUGUAGAGAGAAAGAAACAACUGAAGAUCACAGAAAGUGAAAUUCUAGAUAGGGAAAACCUAAGAAAACUAGAGAGAGAAACCGCCUGCUUAGCUUUAGCUUUUAGCUUCUUGAUUCUUGUUUCUUUUUUCUUCGCCAUUUCCGCCAGUAGAACCCUGAAAUGCUAUAAUCAAGAGAAGUUUUCUGCUCGCCGGUUCCUUCAUUGUGCUUGAAAUGACCCUUCUAUUGUUAACAAGGUAUUGCUGCUUUUCAAUAAUACUACUCAAGUGAAAAUUCUGUAUUUUCUUGCAGAUUCUAGGAAUUUGAUUUGGUUUAUUGAUUUAUCGAUUGGGGCCUUGGUAAAAGUGAACUGGGUUAAUCUUAAAUUGGGGGUUUUUGGUGGAUAGUUAAAGGUUUUAGUUUGGGGCAUUAUAGAAAUAUAGAUUAGGAGUAGUUUUUCAAGUUCAAGAGAAUGGGUGAUACUGAAGAGGCUAAUAGUGAAAUGAUGCAAAGGCUUCAAUCUUCGUUUGGGACUACGCAAUCGUCUUCAUCAAUGCCUAAACAACCAUUUUUAUCAAUUAACCAGCUCGAUAUACCCCAAUUGAACCAGACCCAUACGCGUGCCAGGCAUUUUGCACACUUUGCACAGAAUUUUAGCACUGAUAAUAGCAAAAGAGUAGGGAUACCACCCUCCCACCCCAAUCAGAUCCCACCCAUUUCGCCGUAUUCCCAGAUCCCGGUGUCUAGGCCAACUAGCCAGCAGAUGGGUUCCCCGAACUUUAGUCCAGGGCCUACCCAUUCAAGAUCUUUAUCUCAGCCUUCAUCAUUUUUCUCGCUUGAUUCACUGCCACCGUUAAGUCCGGCCCCUUUCCGCGAUUCCUCUUCAGCGUCUGUGUCUGACCCAAUACCAGCUGAUGUGUCCAUGGAAGACAGGGAUGCAAGUGCUCAUUCCCUAUUACCACCCUCGCCCUUUAAUAAGGGUAAUACUUCACGAGUUGGUGAGAGCUUGCCCCCACGCAAGACACAUAGGAGGUCUAACAGUGAUAUUCCAUUUGGGUUUACGAAUGUUAUGCAAUCUUCGCCACCUCUUGUUCAGUUGAGGGGUUCAGGUGUUCUAGAGCGGUCAGUGUCUGGGAAAGAGAAUCCAUGGGUGGCUAAGCCAGUCCAGUUGGUGAAAAGGGAAUGGGAGAGAGGUGGUGAUAGCAAUGCUGAGGGGAUGGGCGAGAGGAAAUCUGAAGGUGAAGUUGUGGAUGAUUUGUUUUCUGCUUAUAUGAAUUUGGACAACAUUGAUGCGCUGAACUCGUCCGGAACUGAUGAUAAGAAUGGUAAUGAGAAUCGUGAGGAUUUGGAUAGUAGAGCUAGUGGAACGAAGACUAAUGGAGGGGAAAGUAGUGAAAAUGAGGCAGAAAGCAGUGUGAAUGAAAGUGGGAGUAGUUUGCCAAGAGGAUUGAGUUCUUCAACCGAGAAGAGGGAGGGGAUCAAAAGGACUGCUGGAGGGGAUAUCGCUUCAACCACCAGACACUACAGAAGUGUUUCAAUGGAUAGUUUCAUGGGCAAGUUGAACUUUGGAGAUGAGUCUCCAAAGCUGCCACCUUCACCAGGAACUCGACCAGGACAACUAUCACCUAGUAAUUCAUUGGAUGGGAAUGCCUUUAGUUUGGAGUUUGGAAAUGGCGAGUUUAGUGGUGCUGAGCUUAAGAAAAUUAUGGCAAAUGAGAAACUUGCUGAGAUUGCAGUAACGGAUCCAAAGCGUGCAAAAAGGAUUUUGGCAAAUCGUCAAUCAGCUGCUCGUUCCAAAGAAAGGAAGAUGAGAUAUAUUUCAGAAUUGGAGCACAAGGUUCAGACUCUCCAGACAGAAGCUACCACACUGUCUGCUCAGCUUACUCUUUUACAGAGAGAUUCUGUUGGGCUUACCAACCAGAAUAAUGAAUUGAAGUUUCGUCUACAAGCCAUGGAGCAACAGGCACAACUCCGAGAUGCUCUAAAUGAAGCAUUGACUGCUGAGGUUCGACGAUUAAAGAUUGCUACUGCAGAGAUCAGUGGGGAUUCUGACCCAACCAAGGGCAUGGUUCAGCAGCUUUCCAUCAACGCCCAGAUGUUCCAGCUGCAGCAACAGCAACAAUCACCCUCCCCAAUGAACAUGCAUCAAUUGCAGCCGCAGCCGCAGCCGCAACAACAAAAUGGAAACACAUCUUCAAAUUCAGAGUCCAAUCAAUAGGAUAUGAAGGAUAAGAUGGCUACUGUUGCUUUUUAUUUGUCUUACAAUUUCUGGUGCUUUGUAUUUGUUUUGUUCAGUGCAUUCAUUCAUUAGUUUUCAAGCUCCUAGUCAUUACCCAUCCAACUCGGAACACCAUUUUAAAGUGAUAUACAGGCCUUAUACAUAUGUUGUUUAUGAUCAUAGCUUUUAUUUAUCUGUGUUAGAUAUAUAAAUCAUAAUGAGAACAUUUCUUAGACCUGAUGUUUUGUUGAGAUGCCAGAAUGGUUGAGAACUGGAACUCAUUUGUUUUAUUUCAGUGAAAGAAUUGCUUGUGGAUUUGCUUA